AUGCUCGCCGACCUGCCCUCCGAGAUCAUUUACCACAUCGCCCUCUAUCUCCCGACCGCCAAUGCAUUGACCCACCUCGCUCAAACCUGCCGUCGACUACACGGAAUUAUCACCGCAGAAGACUCACGGAUCUUUCGCGCCUUUGUCCAAAGCAGAUUCCCGGCCAUCCGAACGCCACCAUUCUGGAAAGACGCCGCGCGCGCUUUGACUUCACGAUCGCGGGCCCUAGACCGUCAUUCCGUCAUUGCGCGGUUUCUUCUCCCGCCGCCAGAUGCCACCAAGAUUGGGGCCCACCAGGCGACUCGGCGCGAUAACCCGACGCUCGGAUACCGACCUGCGAUCGACUCCUACGAGGUGUGGAAUGGCGAGCACUGGGCGGAUCGAAAGGAGGUUGUGGCAUGGGGGGCUGCAGAUGAGCUAGUGGUGCGCAUCGGAAGGAAGUGGUUCGUGUUGAAUGACCUGGACCAUGUCAGCAGCUGGGAUGAUAUCUGUGGCGUGCAUCUUCUGGGUCCGGAUUCCUUGGACAAGGAACAUUUGAUCUUUGCUCGCAGGCGGGGAGAUAUUGUCCGGUUGGCUUUUUCCCCAGCCGAUGGUGUCCACGAGUAUCAACAGGCAUUUCUGGCAUACGGCCGGGAAGUGGAUCGCACGGAUGUGAACGAUGGCAUCCUGGCUGCUCAUUGCGAUAACAACGCCCUUGCCUUCUACCACACCACCACGGGCGAGGAACAAGUCGAGCCAUUUGCCUGGCUCCGUUUGGGAUCCGGACACCAGACGCGCAUUCAGUAUUCGAAACUGCUGUCGCCGUCACUGGCUGCAGUGGGAUCUGGAGAGAUUGAUGAUUCUCUGUGCAUCGCCACGAUUUCCGCAGAUUCCGUCCGGCCCAGUCGCGAAAUCAAAGUCCGAUCAAUGGACCUCGAGGGCCGUCUCAACCCCGAAACAGUAGCACAUCUUAGUGCCAUUGCCCCUCUUCCCACUCACGCCUCCCCUGGGGAAGUGUUUCUGGCAGCAUGGGGUGAUCGCGCCAUCCGCCUCCACGACCUGCGCUCGCCACACGCCUACGAGGCCACCUACCGAGACAAUACGGACACCAACCCUAUAUACAGCGUCCAGGUUUUCGGGCACGACCGCUUCCUCGCCGGAGCAGGCGGUGAUGCCGUUUUGAAGAUAUUCGACCUGCGAAUGCAAAAGACAUACAGCUACCUCGAUGCACAGCCUCCUCCAUCACACCAAAAGCCAGCAACCAACGGAGUCCAUGUCCGGAAGGCUCCUCGCAAGGAUCUCUCACUCUUUCUGUCUUACCAACCCCCUCCUCCGACCACAGGACCCCAACACAAUCACGUUCGUGCCCGCCGAAGAGGUCCCUACCGCGGCCCUAUCUAUGCCAUGUCCUCACCCUCUCCUUCCUCUCAUACCGUGUAUACAGGCGUCGGGGACGGGGUGCUCCGAUUGGACUUUGCGUCUACGGAUGAUUUAUUUGGCUCCUCAAAGGAGUGGUACCGUCGUAAUAUUGGGUUAGACCUCGAUGCGGAUUAUUCAGCCGUCAAAGGCGCUUCUCAGACUGCGCCGGGGCAGGUCCUCAAUCUGUCUGGGUACGAACGCCCCGAGCCAGACGAUCUAACCACUACCUCCAAAUUGAGGACGCAACAGACGUUUCCGUCCAUUGGUUCGGGAAACAUGCAAAGUGAGUUGGACACGGGGUGGGACCGGAGAUGGGAGCCAUUGGCUCCAAACGGGGCGUGGAGACGGCGGGAUGGUUCGCUAUCAUCGGAAUCGCUGCUGCCGGACUCGGGAAGUGGGGUCUUGGUGGCUUGUUUCAAAGUCUUGGAGUUGGCUUUCUUGGUGGCCUUAUCGGACUCCGAGGAGGAUGCAUCAGACGAGGAGUCAGAAUCAGAGCUGGAGGAUGAGUCGCUGUCCGAGCUGCUGGACGAGGACGAAGACGAAGAAGAGGAAGAAGAGGAAGAAGAGGAAGACGAGGAAGACGAGGAAGACGAGGAAGACUUCGACUUGGACGAAGAUUCUUUCUUGGCAGGAACCUUGGCCUUCUUGGUCUUGGGGCUGUCGUCUUCAGAACUGGAGUCCGUACUCGACUCGGCCUUUCGCUUCACACCAGCCACCUUCUUCGGUGUCGGAGCCGGAGCAGGGGCCGCCGGCUCUUCUUCCUCAUCGUCCGCAUCACUGUCCGAGCUGGACGAGCUGGACGAGCUGGAAGACGAAGGGGAUGAUGAACGAGUGGGCUUGGGCUUGGUGGCGUCUUUCAUAUCGACGUCCGAGUCCGAUUCGCUGCUAUCACUCGAACUGCUGGAACUGCCGCUGUCCGAGUCACUCGACGAGGAACUGCUGCUCGAGGAGGACUUAGUGGUGGUCGUGGUAGAAUCCUUCUUGUUGGUGUUGUAUUCCCAGCACUCGAAAAUUUCCAGCAGCGACGGGGCCUUUAGCAAAUCGGGCUUGUUCUGCUUGCCGAGUUCCUUCUUGAAUGCUUCACUAGCACCGGAAAAGCCAUUGUUGGACAGAAAAGCAGCAACAGCGGCAGCCAGCUGA